AUGUCUUUACAGUCAGAGGAACAGAAACAGCAGAAACAGGAUAAGCCAAGAGAAAAUGGCCCAGAAGGGUCCAUUGCCAACAAGGAGGACAUUGAUGAAUUUAACAAGAAGGCUCAUUCAGAUAUAAACAACCAAACUUCAUCACUCAAUGGCUCCAAUAACCACCCAAGACCACCAAAACAAGCCCCACCCGAAGCUCCUAAAGCCGCCCAUUCUACAAGAAUUAGAGACAAUACUACUUUCUCAUGGAAGAAUGUUGGUGGAUGGGACAUCAAAGAUACUAGUGACAAGAAGGCAUUAUUGCAAAACACCAAACAAGUGGAAUCUUAUAUCAUUGACCAUUUCUAUGGUGAUUGGUACUGGAAUUGUUCCUUGAUGAUUGGAACUUGUUUUUUUGCUUGGUUGUUUGCAAGAAUUGGAGGAGGCAUUUUGUCCCUUGGGGUUGUAUUAUUGUUUACAAACUCCGUCUAUCGUGGUGAAAUGAGAAGAUUCAAUCGUAACAUCAGAGACGAUUUAACUAGAAUUAAAGCCGAUGAUCGUUUGGCCAAUGAGUUGGAAACCAUGGAAUGGAUGAAUUCAUUUUUAGAUAAGUUCUGGGUCAUUUAUAUGCCAGCAUUCUCUGAAACAGUUAUGUUCCAAACCAACGAGAUUUUGAAAGACCAAGCUCCAGGUUUUGGUAUUGAUAAAUUGACUUUGGAUGAAUUUACUUUGGGUUCUAAAGCUCCAAGAGUCAACUCCAUCAAAUCUUACUCCAAGACUACUCAAGAUGUGAUUGAAAUGGAUUGGGCUUUCUCCUUUGCUCCAAAUGAUACCGAUGACAUGACCAAAAAUGAAAUCAAGAGAAAAAUUGAUCCAAAAGUUGCUCUUGGUGUUACCAUUGGUAAAGGUUUUGUCACCAAGACCUUGCCAAUCCUUGUUGAGGAUAUGUCUUUUACUGGUAGAAUGAAGGUUAAAUUGAGACUUUCUCAAAAUUUCCCUCAUGUCAAGAUGGUGUCUAUUCAAUUUUUGGAACCACCAGAUAUUGAUUAUGCCUUGAAACCAGUUGGUGGUGAUACUUUUGGUAUCGAUAUUAUGUCUUUUAUCCCAGGUUUGUCCAAAUUUGUCAAUGGUAUUAUUCACUCUACAUUAAGACCAAUGUUGUAUGCACCAAAUUCAUUGGAUAUUGAUGUCGAAGAAAUUAUGGCUGCCCAAUCGAACGACUCGGUUGGUGUUGUGGAAGUUACCGUUAAACGCUGUAAGAAAUUGAAAACUGGUAGUGCCACUAAGCCAAAGAGUCUUAAUCCUUAUGUCCAGAUCAAAGUGUCAAACAAUGCCAAGAUUGACGAGAGAACCAAAACCAAGAAAUUGGUCAAUGAUCCUGUUUUCAUGGAAACCAAGACUAUUUUGGUUAAUCAAUUGGAAGGAAACUUUUUGAACUUCAAUGUUUACAAUCUCAUUGAAGAUAAGAUGGAUGAUCAAUUAAUUGGUAACUGUGAAUUUGGAUUAGGCGAAUUGUUGCAACAGGAAAAUAUUCAAGGUAUAACUAAAAAUAUCAUGGAAGGAGGUAAAGUUGUUGGUAAAGUUGAAUUGGAUAUUAAAUACUUCCCAACUAUUGAACCUACUACAUUAGAGGAUGGUACCAAAGAAGUUAACACUGAUAAUGAAGUUGGUAUUAUGAAAUUGACUUUACAUGAGGCUAGGGAUUUGGAUAUUUCAAACUCUGCCAUUGGUUUGUUGAACCCAUAUGCUGAAAUUUUUGUUAACAACGAAAAGGUCAAGACCUGUCGUAGAUUGAGACAAACCAAUGAACCUUCAUGGAAUGAGUCAUUUGAAAGUUUAAUUUUCCAAAAGGCAGACACAUCUAUUCAAGUGUUGGUUAGAGAUUCCGUUGAUGACAACAUUGUUGCCAACUUGGAAGUUAAUUUACAAGAUGUUAUUUUUGAAACUAAAAGAGGUCAACAAUGGUUCACAUGCCCUACAAUUUCCAAAGAUGCACCUGCUCCAAAAGUUAGACUCACUGCUGGCUGGAAACCAUUGGCAAUUGACGAAGCUACAAGUUCAAAGGUUGUUGUCAACGCUCCUAUUGGUGGUAUGAGAUUACACGUUAGAGGUGCCAAGGGUCUUAAGAAUUUAGAAUCUGUUGGUUACGUUGAUCCAUAUGUUAGAGUUUUAUUGAAUGGUAAAUUGAGAGCUAAAACAACCACAUUUGCUGAGACUGUCAAUCCAGAAUGGGAUUCUGUUUACUUUUUGCCAGUGGCUAAUGAGCAUCAACACUAUUUGCUUGAACUUAUGGAUGCCGAACCUGAAGGUAAAGACAGAUCAUUAGGUACUGCAGCUGUUAACAUCGCAGAUUUCUUGAGAAAGAAUGACGAAGGAUACUACUUGGGAUACGAUGGUUCCAGUGAGGUUAUCGAACAACCUGUUUUAUUCAAUACCGAACCAGUUGGUUCCAUUUUCUAUUCUGUUUCCUUCUAUCCAACCAUUCCAAUUUAUUCGUUAUCCCAAUUGCACAAUAAAGUUGAAUACUUCAAGCAAUUAGAAGAAACAGAAGAAAGAGAAAAGGAAAAAUAUGCUAGAGAUGAAAAAUUGUAUAAAGAAAACCCAGACGAAUUUGAAUGGGUUGAAAUCGAAGAUCAUCAUAUCAGAGAACCACCGAAGGUUGAAUUGAAAUUGGAAGAUGCAAUUAAGUACAGGGCUGGUACUAUGGCUGUUCAUUUAGUUGGUGGUGAAUUUGAAAGAGCUGACGUCUAUGUUCACACAUUAUUUGACGAGCAUGCUUUCCCAUCAGGCGUUUCUCCACGUGCUGAAGGUAAGAGACUUACCACAUCUUCUAUUGGUGAAACAUUUGUGCGUGAUUUACCUAACUCCAAUUUGAUAUUCAGAGUUGCAAAAGCUGUUGAAGUCACUGAAGAAAGCCAAGUGUUAGUUGAAAAGAUGUACAGUACUAUUGAGAUCUAUGAAAAAUCAUUUGAAAAGCCAAUCAGAUUGAAUCUCGGUAACCGUAACUACAUUGAUGUCCAAUUAGAAUUUAUUCCAUCUCCAGUUAAAUUAGCUCCAUUGGACACUAUUUUGGAUGUCGGUAAGGUUAAAUUAGAAAUUAUCGGUGCAGAAAACUUGAAGGCUGUUGACUCCAAUGGUAAAUCUGAUCCAAUUUGUGUUGUUCAAGUUGACGGGGUUAAGGUGUUCAAGACCGAUAAGAAGAGAAAGACUUUGGAUCCAACUUGGAAUGAAACUGCUGAAUUCCCAAUGAUUUCUAGAUCUAGACAAAUCUUGUUGGUGGAAGUGUACGAUUGGGAUCUUACCCAUCCAGAUGAAUUAUUAGGGAUGGCUAAUUUGGACAUUUCCAACAUCCCUCCGUUGACAACCACACCAUUUACAGCGAAAUUGGAUACUCAAGGUACUGUGAACUUAAGAGUGACAUUCUUCCCAGAAUAUAUCAGACCACCAUUGAACUGUAGCUCUGUUUUGCCUGUUAAUAUGGAUGCCAUUACAGAAACUUCCUGGAAUGCCAUCAAUGGUGUUGGAGGUGCUGCUGCUAAUGGAGCUGGUGCUGCUGUCGAACAAUUGGGUAAAGGACAUGGAUUACUUAAGGGUUUCAAGAGCAGAAGAAGCAGAAAGAGCCAAGAAGGCGGUGAAGAAUCUUCUACUCUUUCACCAAGUAAAUCAUCGAAUGGCGAUAGCAACAAGAACGAAGCCGAAAUUCCUGAAGAUGAAAAAGAAUUCAGAAAAGAACAAGAUAAUGAAAUUGAAAGUAUUGAUGCCUUGCCAAACAUCCGUGAGCACAACUUACCACCUCCUCAACUGCCAUUUAUUGCUCAAGACGGCAGCCCACAAGGCAGCAACCAAGGCAAUAUCAGUCCAAAGAAAGGUCAUUUUAGAAAUGUAAGUGCUGCCACAGGUAUGACUGAUGCUGCAUCAAGUUUUGCUGCCAGUAUAAAUGGAGCUGACGCUAUCCCUGGUAGAUUGACCAUUGUCGAGGCACGUAAUAUUGCUGGGGGUGAGAACUUGGAAGUGAAAGCGUUUUUGAAGACUUCUAGCAAAGAAAAAACUUUGAUCAAAACUAGAAGUGUUAAAUUUGACAAGAACAGCGAUUCUUAUAAAUGGAAUGAAAGCGUUCCGUUCAAGAGUACUACUAGUGGUUCAAUAGUCUUAGUUUUGAGAGAAAAACAUACUUUUGGUAAAUCAGUUGUUGUGGGUGAAGGUAUUUUGGAAUUAAAUAAUUGUGUUAAUGUCAGUGAAAAUGUAACUAUUCCAGUUGGAUCUGCUGAAUUGAUUAUAAAUGUCAAAUACUUCACAUGA